AUGGCACAUGCUUUUGAAGUGGAUGACAGUGAGAUUAUUGAUUCUACUCUUCCUCGGAAUUCAAGAGGAGAUUUUCACAGUGCAACACGUUCUUUGUUCAGAAAACAGAAUAGACAGGGGAAUGGACACCCUAAAGGAAUCCGAGCCACUUCACCAAUGGGGAGAGUUAUCCUGAUAAACUCACCUUUAGAAGCCAACAGUGAUGAAAGUGAUUCAAUUAUUGCUAUCACAGUAGAGAAAAGCCCUGAUGGAAAAUUGGGUUUUAGUGUCCGUGGGGGAUCUGAGCAUGGACUUGGAAUAUUUGUCAGUAAGGUGGAAGAAGGAAGCAGCGCUGAAAUAUCAGGUUUGUGUGUGGGAGAUAAAAUCGCAGAGGUGAAUGCUAUUAGUUUAGAAAACAUCACUAUGGGAAGUGCCGUCAAAGUCCUUACUGGGAACAACCGUCUGCGCAUGAUGGUGAGACGGAUGGGAAAAGUGCCAGGGAUUAAAUUCUCUAGAGAAAAGACCACAUGGGUGGAUGUAUUGAACAAGAGACUGAUAGUGGAAAAGAGUGGAUCCACACCUUCGGAUAGCAGCUCGGAAGAUGGAAUGAGAAAAAUGAUUCACCUUUAUACAUCCUCUGAUGACAGUUGCUGGGGUUUUAACAUCAGAGGGGGGAAAGAGUUCGGACUCGGUAUCUUUGUUUCUAAGGUUGAUCCAGGAGGAAUAGCAGAAGAAAAAGGAAUCAAAGUUGGAGAUCAAGUCCUUGCCGCCAACGGAGUCAACUUUGAAGACAUAAGCCAUAGCAAGGCAGUCGAAGUGCUAAAGGGUCUAACACACAUCAUGCUCACAGUUAGGGAAACAGGCUUGUAUCCUGCUUAUAAGGAAAUGAUAGCAGAAUAUUGCUGGCUCAGCAGAUUGUCAAAUGGUCAACUACAACAACUUUCACAGACUUCUGAAACCAGUUCUUCCAUCUCCUCUUAUUCCUCUGGAGCUCCUCAAAGCACCAUAAAUGGUUAUCAUCAAGCACUUAUCUCCAGCCCAGCUUUGUACGAACCGGGAAUGGUAGAUGUGGGCAUUUCAACUGAGGUUUUGCUCCAUGACAGUUUGGAAAGAAAAGAGACAGCCAUGCAGACAGACUUUCAAAUGUCAUUUUCAAGUCUCUCUGAUCUUGAGCAGCCCCAGAAAUCUGGGAAGGUGAUAGCUGAAACCCAGAGAACUGUGCAUCCCACUAUGCGUUUAAAAGAUACUGCCAUAAGAUCAGAUAGCUUCCAGGAAUCUCAUCUGAAAAAGAAGCAUAGAAAAAUCUCAAGUACGGAUUUUCCUAGAUCAGAGUCUCCAAAAACUGCACUUUUACUGGCACUUAGCAAACCCAGCAAACCCAUCAAAAGAUCUCAAAGUUUCCUUACGGUCUGGGAAGCCAAGAAGAAGAGGAAGAAAGAGAAAUAUACAUCGUCUGGAAAUGAUUUUGGUUUGAAGCGUUCAAAAACCUUUAUGAAUUUAUUUUUUAAAAGCAGUCGGGGAAAACAAAAUGGUACAAGUAGGGUAGAAAUGGAAACAUCCGACACAAAGAGAAGAGCUAAAUCUCCUUCUAGCAGUGAUAAAGAAAAAGUUAACAUUGUUCAGAAAUUUGUGAUCAGAAGUCUGAAACGGGGAAAGGAGCGUAAGCGUCCUUUUUUAUUUGGCUCACAGAGAGAUCUGAAUGCAUUACACAAUGGGGACUUGAAUGCGCUGGAAGAGAGCCUGGCUGUGACUGAAGAUAUGGCUACAAAGCUACUCAAUGAAGAUGAGGUGGCAGCUGUCAUGAGGCACUGUAAAAGGUAUAUCCAGAACGGUGGAAUAGAAGAUCUGGUUAGACCACUGCUUGCCAUCCUAGACCGGCCAGAGAAGCUUUUGCUAUUAAGAGACAUCAGGAAUUUUAUUGCUCUAACUGACCUGGGCAGGUUUGACAGCAUGGUAAUUCCACUGGAACAUGAAGCUUAUGAUGCCCUAAAAAGGAGGUCAGUGAGAUCAACGGCUCUCAGACCAGCUCAACAAGACAUAACCCCAACGAGACAUCUAAUCACGCCAGUUCCUGAUUACAGGGGAGCCUUCCAUUUGAAACCAGUGGAUAAAGCAGACAGCGAAAGACAUUUAGUGGAAGAAAUGGAGAGAUUAAAAGUUGCAGACUCAAAAGAAAUCAAAAGGACUUAUUCUAAAAACUAUAUCCCACUUGAAGAUGUGCCAGUAGAUUCCUAUAAUGUGGAAAACCAACCUUUAAAUACGUCUUCCUCUGGUCCCAUACGGCUAAACUGGUUCCUUACUGAACCUAGAAAAGUAUCUUCUGAAUUAGCGAUGCAGUUACAUGAUUCUUCCACAUCAAGACUCAGCCAUAAAAAACAAAAAGACAAAAAUGAAACAUCACAUACCCAACGAACUACUCGCAGUAAAUCAAAAGAAAGAAAAGAUGAUGUAUAUUCAGUACUUAAUAAACCCAAAAAAAACAGGCCACUUUUGUCGCAGAUUUUUGGAGGUGUCUCCUUGAGUGCAUCAAACCUUGAUAUCAGGCUAAAACCUGUGCGAAAGGACAUGAAAAAUGUAGAGACCAUUCAAAAUGGUGUUAGUAAUGAGAACGAAGAGGAGUACGAACUGGCAACUGUCACAAUCUCAAAAAUGAAACAAUCUUUGGGAAUUAGCAUUUCUGGUGGCAUUGAAUCUAAAGUGCAGCCAAUGGUUAAAAUUGAGAAGAUCUUUCCAGGAGGGGCAGCAUUCCUUAGUGGUGUUCUCCAGGCUGGCUAUGAACUAGUUUCUAUUGAUGGUGAAACUCUGCAGAAUGUAACGCACCAGCGAGCAGUAGAUGUCAUUCGCCAGUCGUACAGUAAUAAGCUUAAGGAACCCAUGGAGAUUGUUGUUAAAGUACCAACGAAUAAAAAAACUUAG